AUGGACGAAAGGUUAUCUGCAGCCGCGACAUCUAUUAUCAAGCAGAAGAUCGAGCCGAGUCCACACACAAUCAAUCUGCCUCUUGGGCUGCCAGCUUCCAGCCUUUCAUCAUGCGUGCUUGCCGCUCUCAAGACCGGAGAUGCUGCGACGCAAGUCGCCUCCGCAUCUUCGAAGGGCCUCGGGGGUGUAGACAAGAAGGAGACAUCGGCUGCAAGGAACAGCCUUAUGGCAAAGGAGAAAUAUGUGGAAGCGCAACAAGCCUAUCUUUGCGCUAGGCAUAUGUGCGAAUGGUAUCUUGCCGCGUACUCGGGCUGGUCGUCGUCUCCUUACACCUUGCCAUCAACCCAGGAAACCAAAGAGCGGCUCACAUCAUCUUACACCAAGCUUCUCGACCUCUAUACACUGCAGGUCCUCGGCCCCAAAUUCGCAGAGUGGGACUAUGCGCGAGAAAUGUUGGCCUACUCGAGCCUUACGCAAGAUGUCAAGGAGAAGUUGCUCGUCAAGCUAGAUUCGGUGCAAGAACAUCACGAGCAUCGCGCAGAAAGGACCCGCGUUGCGAGCGGUGACUUGAAAGCUAGAAUCGAAAAAGAGAAGGAACGGCGCGCGGAGAUGGCAGUGAAGGAGGCUGCAGCCGCUACUUCCAGCAAGCGGGCUUCUGCACAGGGUGCAAACUCGGUUGCUGGAGAAAAGAGUUCCAGGUUGAGAAGCCAGAGCAGUGGCGGCUCCUCACCGCCUGCGGAAUUGCGCAGGCGUCGCUCUGACGAUACUCCUGGUGCGUACGGUGAUGGCGCGCACAAGCCGACUUCCAUGUCGUCUUCCGCAGCAUCUUCCACUGCUUCGCUGCUGAGAAACAAUACAAGCGGCGAUCGGAAAAGCGAUGCGCCCGCAUUCGGCAUCUCCUCUGCGGCGUCUCUCCCGCCUCCAGCAACUUCUUCUUCCCUUGCUGAUAAAGGGACCGAUGGGGGUAAACGAGAUAAGUGGCGCGCUGGCUCUGCUUCAUCCUCGGCUUCUACCAAUGGCUCCGGCUCCGAGCGUGAGACCGCCGGCGAGAGGGGAACGAAGCAGGGGCAAGGAGAGCUUCAUCGUACAGACACCAAUGAAGCCUCCUUCGUAGCUACACGUGCUCACAUUGCCAACACGAUUGAGCGGCACCGCUCUCGUGAUCUUUCGUCUACAUCUUUCUCUUCCCCUCGUGGUGUCUCUCGCCGCCCGGAGACUAACCCCGGCAACUCGCCGGCAGGAUUGACAGGUUACCUGGCACAAGCGCGCGCUUAUGUUCUCCAGUUGCCGUCUACGUCUGGCGUUGUGCUCUCCUACGCCUCCAUCGGGAUCGUCCUGAUGUUUGUUUUACGGCGCGCACUCGCACGCGGCUCGAAGACACUAGCGAACCGGCGAACAGAAAUUCAUCCCGCCCGCGCGAGCGCCAGCUUCAGCGCUGCGGCACAAGAGGCACGCCGCAAAUUGGCUAAAAGAAGGCAAGAGGAGAGUGGCUUCGCCAAGUGGGUCCUGGGCAUUUGGUGGCGUGCACUUGGCAAGAUUUGGCAGACUAUCAGAAUGUGA